AUGACUGUCACGAAUUCCGAAAGAGUACCAGCAACCAUGUUUGCGUGGAGGAAGCACAAAGGAAGUCCGAAGCCGGAAAAGUAUAUCCUAGGCCAUGAAGGCUGCGGACAGAUUAUUGAGAUAGGCAGCAAUGUUCAAGACAACGGACUUAAAGUGGGAGAUAUUGUGGCUCUUCAUGCGGUUCCUGGUUGCAAUCAAGACGACUGUCCUGAAUGUUCUCGUGAUUUGGCUCAACUGUGUGAAAGAGGCCAUCACUCAGGUAUUGGCCAAGAUGGCUUCUACGCACCUUAUACUGCCGUUGAUAUUCGAGCUGCAGUCAAGGUUCCCGAAGGUGUCAGCCCAGCAGAAGCUGCUGUAGCCACUGACGCUGUGAACACAGCAUUCCACGCCAUCACUAGGAGAGGAGAAGUUAAAAAGCAUGAGACAGUGUUUCUAUUUGGUCUCGGUGGCCUAGGCUUCAAUGCUCUACAGAUUGUGCGUUAUAUCGGAGCGAGGGUGAUAGUUUCCGAUAUUCGACAAGAGCUUCUUGAUGAAGCCAAAGCUCUGGGUAUACCCGACAAAGACAUCGUUCCAGUAGGAAAACCUCCUCAGGACUUCAUCAAAGAGAAUGGCUUGGAAGGGAAAAUCGACACCGUUCUUGACUUCGUUGGUACUCAUCAGACAUUCGAAGAUGCACAACAUAUCGUUCGUCGUGGCGGCAAACUUCUUUGCAUCGGCAGCCUUGACACGGAAAAUACAAUUCACAUGAAGAUUGGUACGAGAAAGAGACUUUCUUUCAUCUUCUCUUACGGUGGCCAAGUCAGAGAUCUGGAGAAGGUUCUUGAGCUUAUCGCUUCUGGCCAUAUCAGCCCACGAGUCGAAACCAGAAAGCUUCCGGAUUUUGAGGAAGUGCUUGGGGCAUUGGGUGAAGGAAAGAUCAAGGCGAGAGUGGCAUUACUACAUGACUAG